AUGAUGUCUGAUCCUAUGAUGGACACGCCAUCGCCACAUCCAGAUCUCAAUCGAAACCGCCUGCCUACCCUCUUCGAGGUCCUCAGCCGGCAGACUUUAGCUCCCGUCGACCUCUUUUCCUUCUACAUCUACAUGCGAGAUCAGCAAAGAUCUGUUGACUAUCUUGAUUUCUGGCUCGACGUCUCCCAGCACAUGUCCCUUUGCCGACACUAUGUUCGCGAAUUGCGUCGCUCGGUCCUCAUCGAAACACCAGAGUUGGAGAAGCAUGGUUCAAAACGCUCAUCUUACAUACUAGACCACAUUGGAGACAUGAACGAUCCGUCGGGUCCAUCGACGAAUCUCAACUCCGAUGAGAAGAUCAAGGACCAGCAUCUCUCCGCCUACUUACGCUCGGACAACGGGAACGGAGCUGGCAAUGGCAACGGCAAUGGCAACGGAAACAACCAUUCACCACAGAGCAGUCUGGGGUCUCAGUCCAACUUUCAAGGAUCAGGGGAUCGACCUUCGAAUGGGACAGACAGGGAGCGUCCGCCUAGACCUAGCUUCAUGACCAACGGCUCUCCUGGUCGGACGGACUCAAACUCCCCAGCACAUACCGUUGCAAGGGCAGACAUAAGGGCCAGUGCAGAGAAAAUCCUCUACACCUUCCUGUUACCGGGCUCGGAGCGAGAGAUCAUCCUACCGCAGGGUAUCCUGACCGAUAUCACUACAUCUAUUGAGGAAGAAGGUCGCGACGAUCCCGAGGUCUUCGACGCGGCGAAAGACUACACUUUCCAGGCCAUGGAACGCGACGCCUUUCCAGGCUUUCUCCGGGCAAAGGCGCUUGGCAAUUUAGUGCCACCAAGCUCUUUCCUCCGAUUAUGCCUGGGUCUGCUGGGAUUGUUUGGUGCGUUCUGGGCUGGUUUUGCAUGCAUUUUACUGGAUAAGCCAAAACAUAUCCGUUGCUGGCUCAUUCUUCCCUUCACCAUUGGCGUUUACGCCCUUUCAUCCCAACAAUACUCGAUCGACCCUGUUCUCGCCCUGGCUGGUCUCAGCGAAUACACCUUCAUGAAUUGGUCACGGAUAAGAGAACCUUACAUCCGAAAGCUCAUGAACAAACGCGCAAUGAUGGUCUUGUUCUUCACCGUGCUGAUUGGCGUGUGCCUGAUCGUACUUUUCAUUUUCGUCCCUGGACACCGACUUUAG